UUGCCAGGUGGGUCCAUUGUAAAGAUGGACUCCAGUGGACAUCCGUUCCCUGAACCGCUAGCCUGUGUAGAAGUGUGCGACCUGAGAAAGGGAACAUGGAGGGAGGGGCCCAGGCUGCCCAAACCAAUCGUCAGAUCGAACGCCGUCACGUGCAACAACACGGUUUACACGAACAUCUCCUCACCGCAAAGUGACGUUAUCUACAGUCUCUCAACGGAUAGAAACAAGUGGGAGAGGCUGACCGUCGUUCCCAGGAUAAGGUUCGUGACUUCCAUGACGUCAUGGGGCGACAAGCUGUUCGUGAUUGGUCAGAGAGCACAUGACUUCGAGGUUGACCCGAUGUGUUUUGACCUUGGUUCUGAGGAAUGGACGACGCUGCUGUAUCGUCUGCAUGUCCCCCAGCCACUCAGGGUUGAGGAAACGCCGUGUUUUGACGAUUUCACCAUCGUGUCAAAUGAUGGGGAGGGAAGUUAUCUGUAUAUCCUGACUCAACAUAGGACGCAUAGAUAUAACCUUGCUGAGGAAAAGUGGGAAGAUCUGGGUCUUCCUGGGUGUCCUGGGUCAGGGUCCUACAGGGUGGUGACCUUGCAUGUUCCAGUAUCAAAAAUGGCUCCCUUUCAGCACUGA